GGAUCGGAAUUAUCGGGAUUAUCGUGAUUAUCGUGGCCGAGGAGAGGGCCCAGAGCCCUCCACUCUCCCUCGGGGAUGUUCCACGGCAUCGCGGGCCCGGCCGGGAUGGGCGCGCCCGGGAAUAAACCGGAGCUUUAUGAGGAGGUGAAGCUCUACAAGAACGCCCGGGAACGGGAGAAGUAUGACAACAUGGCCGAGCUGUUCCUUUCUUUACAUCCCAGUAAAUCCCAGUGCCAUCCCAGUCCCUCCCAGUAUAUUGCAGUCUAUCCUAAUCCUCUCCCAUUUCAGCUGGAUUGUCCUUUGGCCAUGGAAAGGAUCCGGGAGGAUCGACCAAUCACAAUCAAGGACGACAAAGGGAACCUGAACCGCUGCAUCGCCGACAUCGUCUCCCUUUUCAUCACAGUCAUGGACAAACUGCGCCUGGAAAUCAGAGCCAUGGACGAGAUCCAGCCAGAUUUGAGGGAAUUGAUGGAAACCAUGACCAGGAUGAGCUCCCUGCCCCCAGACUUCGAGGGACGACAAAAAGUCAAUCAGUGGCUGCAGACCCUGAGUGCGAUGUCGGCCUCGGACGAGCUCGACGAUUCCCAGGUUCGCCAAAUGCUCUUCGACCUCGAGGCCGCCUACAACGCCUUCAACCGCUUCCUGCACGCCUAAAACCAGUUCAAACCAGUUCAAACCAGUCCAGACCAGUCCAAACCAGU